AUGGCAAAGCCACGCGCCGCCUCCCCCUCCCCCUCCCCCGCCCGGGAGAUCACGCGCCCGUCGAGCUCGCUGUCCAAGGCCGUCCGCCGCCGCGCCGACGCCGUGUCCCACAAGCUCGCGGCGCACGGCCUGGGGGCCUUCGUCUGGCACAAGAAGCUCGACCGCGAUCUCGCCCGCGGCCUCCUCCCGGACAUCGUCUCGAUCCGCUCCGAGCGCCGCCGCUGCCUCGCCCGCCGCAAGGAGGCCGCCGCCGUCAGUUCAUCGGCCGCGUCCCGGCGGAGCUCGCCGCCGCCGAUCACGACCGCGUCGCUGGCCAGGGCGAAGGAGGCCGCCUUCCUCCUCGAGCAGAGCAGGAUCCGGGCCGAGACGCGGUUCGGCUACGGGCGCCCCAAGCCCAUCGACGUGCUCGUGAAGUCCCUCGACGGGACGCGGCCCCGCGCGCUCGCGGCGUUCCGCGGCGCGUCCUUGGAGGACCUCAGGGAACUCGGCAGGGAGAUCGAUCAGCAGGCCGAGAUCGACAGGGCGAACGGGCCCUUCUGGGAGGCCGCCAAGAUAAUGUGCGACGCCGAGAUUGCCAGGGCCGCCGGGACGGCCGGGCAUGGCGAGAGGCUGUUGCACGCCGCGAUCUUGGCCGACGUGAGGAGCGUCGUCGAAGGCAAGAGCGUCGAAGAGCUCGAAGCGAUGCAGGAGGCCGUCGCCGCCCGGAUGGCCGCCGGGGAGGCCAUGGUCGUCGAGCACUGGCAGGGCGUGACAGAGCUUAUCCGGGUAGAGAAGGCCAAGAAGUACCUGGAGCAGAACUACUCAACAUGCGACGACGAGGCAGCGCCCUCUUCUGACGACAAGAACGACGAACCCGAGAUCACAGACGAUGUGGAUGAUGGCAAUGCCGACGCCGACGAGGAGGGGUCGGAGGCGCUCUGCCCGGUCGCGUUGCCGCAGACGCCGCCGGGGACAGAGCAGAGGAAGCCCAAGUACAUCACGCGGGUGCGGUCAGGGUUCGAGUGGAACAAGUACAAUCGCCUGCACUACGACAGUGACCAGCCGCCGCCCAAGAUCGUCAAGGGCUACAAGUUCGUGGUGCACUACCCCGACCUCGCCGGCACGAAGCCACCGGAGUACACCAUCCACGAGGACGGGGAGAGCGGCGAGACCUGCAUCAUCAGGUUCCACGCCGGGCCGCCGUACGAGGACGUGGCGUUCAGGAUCGUGAACAAGGAGUGGGAGUACUCGCGGAAGGCGGGGUUCAGGUGCACCUUCGAGAGGGGCGCCUUGCACCUGAAUUUUAACUUCAAGCGCUUCUUUUACAAGCGAUGA